UGCGUUUUCAUAGCGGUCUCGAGCUCGACUCAACCAAUCAGACGUGACCGGAGCUCGAGGUUGCAACCAACGUUCUGCUCGCGGCUUGCUUUCAAAAUUUCUUGACAAGCAACAUGGGGAAGCUGAGUUUUUACGCGCUUUGGUCCCUUCGUGACGCCCCCCGUCAAUUUAUUAGCAAAUCCAACCGAAGGUGCUUUCAAGUCCACAUCCCACUCCCUCUUCCCAAACACCUGGUCAUCUUUGGUCUUGGAGAGUGGAAAUGCAGUGAGACAAUAUCAGUAGACGUUGUGGUCAGUGCAGAAAUACCGGCCCAGAAAAUUGGGACCCUGUCAGCUCAAGCAAGGUGUCUGACCUGGGAGGGUGAUUGGAGCACUGAUAUUGCCACAGUGGCAGCCGAGAGAGGAAGGAAAGGAGUUUAUGGAAAGAUUGUGCUCACAGUGUGUGGAGAGGAUGAAAGCAGUGUCUUCAGCAGUACUCCUCUGGUGCAAAGGAAAUGUCUGUUCCCAGAAUCACACAAUAGCACUGAUCUCUCUUGCACAUUACAGAGCGCUGGAAAUGAAACGAUAACUGCCAACUCCUCGCAUUUGGGUGAUAGUGUCUGCUAUGCUGAGAUCCAAGUAAAUAAAAUUGACACCAGUGAUUCCACUAUGGGAAAUAAGCCCCCAGUUUGGCCGACGGAUAAGACACCCAGACGGACAGUUAUUAGUAAGAGAGGCCAUCUGACGUGGAGCUCUGAGGACAUGGACAGUCUCGCAGAGGACAUAGACCAGGCUUCAACUCCCAAGAAAAAAAGGCUGUCCAGGAUGAGCAGUCAGGAAGAAAUGACCGUGCAGAUAAAGAAUGAGAACAGAGAAGUUUCAGUGUGUCCCUCAAAGCGCUGGAGCCACACCAUGUGUCUGAGUGACCCUGACACGGCCAUCCUCAUCGGAGGGGAGGCAGCAGAUCAAAACUACUGCAAGGACUCUCUGUGGAAGCUUGAGUUAGACAAUGACUUCUGGUUUCCCAUGAACUCCUCUGCUUCUGGACCUGUACCACCCUGUUCCCGAGGACACUCUGCGACCUAUGACCCAGACUCUAAGUCCGUCUUCGUUUACGGCGGCCUGAGGGAGGGUCAUCGCUACAGCGAACUGUAUAUCCUCAAUACUCUGACCUGGAGGUGGAGGCUUGUCACUGCAAGAGGAAAUGUUCCAAAAUUGGCAUAUCAUUCUGCGACCUUUUAUAAGAAAGAGCUUUUUGUCUUCGGUGGAGUUCAGCCAAGCCAUUCUUCUGGGGAUAAAUCGUGCAGUAACGCUCUGUACAUCUUUAACCCUGAGUUUGAGCUCUGGUACCAGCCGAUUGUGGAGGGGGACAAACCCCUGCCUCGCUUCGGACACUCUGCCACACUGAUGUCACAGAAGUUGAUAAUAUUUGGAGGACGGAAGACUGCUACCUACCUGAAUGACCUUCACAUUCUAGAUCUGGGAUUCAUGGAGUACACAGCUGUGAAGUGUGGGAACAUGCCACCACUGCCUCGAGGGUUUCAUGCAGCUCUACCAGUGUCAGACAACAGGAUUUUAAUCUGUGGAGGCUGCAGUGCCAUCGGAGCCCUGCAGGACGUACAUAUUUUCAACACUGACACCAACCUGUGGAGCUCAUUGGCGUCUCCUCUGCUUUGCUCCAAGCCUCGUGCAGGACACAGCAUGAUGAACUUGGGCUGCUCCAUACUAACAGACGCUGAGAAAAACAAACAAGGCGAAAAGGACGGCGUCCAGUGCACAUUGCUGGUGUUUGGUGGAUCAGACUGCUGCGGCACCUUCUACGACGACACAGUCAAGUGCACAGUGGAGAUUCCCUCUGACAAAUGAUGGAUCCAUCAGGGAAGGGAUCCGAACAGGACAGUUGUAUUGAUUCAUUUUGAACCAGAGGAGAUGCUGUGAUCUGUUUUGAUAAUGUGAUAGAAAAACAACAGUAUCUUAACGUGUAUGUGUCUGUAAGUCUGUAAAGUGAUUUUAUAUAGUCGCUUUGUCUUUACGUUAUAUGAUCGUUGCAUGAUGUAUUCUGCAGUUUAGCCCUUAGUAUAGCUUUUUUUAUUCCUUUGAGUCUCUCUUAAUAACUACCCAUAGUCCACACAGGCAGUAUGCUGCACAAGGAGAGCUGAGAGGUUCUGCAGUUUGCUUAACAAAUCACUGUUCUGCAUGUUUUACACUCUGUAUCCUCAUCCCCACCUAGCAGUAUGUUUUUUCAGGGGAGAGUGCUAGACUGGAUAAAUGAAUAAAGUGCUAAUAAACUAAUAAAAUGCUAAUAAACAUUUAA